GUCUCUCCAGGCAGUUCCACUAACGUUGGGAAGGUGCAAUGGGGGGGACAGCGGGGCUCGGGCCGGAGGUGGUGCGUCGCGAAGCGUGUUGUACGGGUGGGCCUGGUGGGUUAAUAUUUUUUUAUUAGCCAUCCGCAGACUCUCGCCGCGAAGCGGCAUAAACGGGGGGUCCGCCGGCGAUACACCCGCUGUCCCCCACUGCGCCUCCAAAAAGCCCGACCCGCGCCUCCGCGCCAAGCCACGCCAAGCCGGGUACCGGUAAUAUUUAGGAGGCUCCGAAUCGUGACGUCAGAGUCACGUGACCUAAACGUCGCUCCAGGGUCGCGCACGCGCCCGCUCUUCGGUGUACCGGUAGAGUUUACGACGCGCCGCCGGGCUAGCAGACGACGCAAACCCGCUCGCAGACGGUGCUCGUUUGGUGGUGGGCCGCGAAAAGCUCCGUAUAUAACUAGACCACGUAUUAUCUCGGUGUAGAUAUUUGCCGUUUUUGGGGACGCUGUUCUGAGGCUAUCGUAUUUGGUCGUGUGGGCGGGCCGACGUUGCGUGUGUGAGCGCGGUUCGGUUUUUGUGCGUGUUUGUUCUGGGUGCGUAUAGCCCCGGUGCGCGAAUGCCGUCGUUAGGGCCGUUGGUUCGACAGCGCUCUUCCAAGCAGGACGCCGCGGAGACUCGCUCGCCCUGAGUGACUUGUGGGUCGCGCGGACUCUUUGUGCCUGUUUCUAUUUGCAUCGAUUGAUCCGAGCGAGCCGACAACUCUCGCUGAGACGAAGCUGUGACGAGGCGACGCCAGGAAGGAUCCCUGUCGCAUUUGGCAAGCUUUCAACCCUUGUGGUUUCAAAACACAACGGAAAACAUUUACAAGUCACGGGAGCUGAACACGCUCCUGGGUGUACCUGUGACGGCCUCCGGCUAAAAUAUCUCCCUGGGAAGUGGGAAGGGCCAAACCAGUUGCUGUCAGUUGUGGCGAACAGAAGAAUAAACAGAAAACCUUUGAAACGAAGGUUAAGGAAAACCUGCCUCGUCACAAAAUCGCGACGCCACCAGAUCAUCUCAUCGAAACCCUAGAAGCACAGCACCAUGUCGUCCAUCUUCUCGAGCAGUCGACUGUCGGACGACCUGGGAGACCUGCGGAGUCGGCUCAACGACCAGUACUCCAGGUUGGACCGGGAGUACCGGUUCUAUGAGAACCGCUACCAGGACAUCCGCCGUCGUCUCUUCGACGGCAGUCCGCUCAAGCCUUCUGUGUGGACGUCCCUCACCAACGACUCCGAUAGGUUCUGCCUCCGGUUGGACGUCGGGCACUUCGAUGCGGACGACCUCGAGGUGAAGACUGUGGACAACUUCGUGAUCAUCCACGGCAAGCACGGCGACCGGACCGACGAGCUGGGCGUCAUCUCCAGGGAGUUCACCCGCAAGUGCACCUUGCCCAAGGACGUGCUUCCGGAGACCGUGAAGUGUUCUAUCACCUCGGACGGCUUCCUCAUUGUUGAGGCUCCCAAGAAGUCCGAAAGGCCGUCGGGUCACGAGAGGCUGGUUCCCAUCAAGGUCCUGGACACCAACGACGAAGCCACGUCGAAAACGGCCGCGACGUCAGCGACGUCCACGGUGACUUCCACGUCGACCGGCACAGAAGCGAGAGCGACUACGAGCUCGACGACCACGACAACCACGUCAAAGUCUAUCCUGAAGAACGGGAUGUCGUUAGGGUCGCCAGUCGGGAAAGGGGCAAUCAGUAAGGUGAAGUGAGCUAGAUGUAACCCUGAGGUUGUAACCUGAAAGCCAACUUUUGGAGGUGUAUGCCCCCUUUUUGAAGAUAUCCCGAUAUUCAAACUAGUACUAAGGCCCUGAAUAGACCUUUUUUUUCAAAAGUGAGCGCCAUCUAGUUGCUGGUGUGACAAUUAUCCGCGUCUGCCAUUGUUUGGGAACGCGUUCUGAGCAUGCAUUGGACACGAGGGUUGCGUCCGCGUUCGGAGAGCACUCGGAUCCAAUCACACGUUACGUGCCGCGAAAAAAAUGGUGACCGCCAAUGUUGCUUGAUGUGGUUUUGAAAAGGGUCUAUUAUGAGUCCAAACCAUGCGCUGUAUCUCCGCAUAAAAAAAAAAUCCAGCCUCUUCAACUUUCUUCUGCUGUUUCGGGUGAUAUGCAGGAAAGCGUUGAUCUGACCGUCCCCAAGUUCUUCAUACAUUGUUGUUUUAUUUUCGUUUUCGCUUGCUUUUUAAGUGAAAAUAGCGGGAAACGCACUUGUUGCAGAACCACCUGUUGACAAAAAAACUUUUGCAUGUUACAUGAUGGGGUGUCAUGUUAUCUACAUGUGGUUGUUGUCGGCUUAAACCCGAAAUGUUAAUGCAAUGUGCCAGUCAGCUGGAUCGGCAGGCAAGCGAUGCUUGAAAUCUUUCGAAAAGCUUAUAAAUGCACUAAAAAUUUUGAAAGGUGAGUUCAAAAUUUAUUUUUGGUUCUAUGACAAACAGUAUUGAUUAGUUCUCGGGCAAGAAGCCGCAAAUUCCAUUGCCUGCAAGUUUUUACGUCCAACUGGGCUUGAUAGUUCUGUUUUUGUUCACCAUUAUGAAAUCUUCCUAUCGGGGGCAUACUCCUCAAAGUUGUCUACUGCAAGGUACCAUUAAAUUAUAUCUCCUACUCAGAGCUUUAAAUAGUCUACCUAUAAUAUUUUCCCCACAGCAUAUGAAGUUCGAGACGGUCUGGUACGUCACAGGCUAGAGCUUAUUUACCAGUCAACACAUGGGCAUUACGUGUGGUGAGACCGUUGCUGUCAACAAGCCAAAGCUACCAUAGUUACCGUAUGAAUAAAAUGUAAGCAAUGAAUGUGUCCGAAAGUCUUCGCCAUAUUGGCACUCACCUAACCUGAAACUGCACAGUGGAAUAAAGGCACAAUCAGAUGUAAAGAAAUGAUACGUACGUCCCCAUCCCAAGGAGCACAAGCGCCAUGUAACAGAAAUGUCCUCGUCGCCCGUUUGGUGUGAUAAGUACAACGAUAAGGUAGACAUAUUUAAGGACUAAUUUUCCCAAAUGACAUUAUCUGUUUGCACCGAACGAAGUAAACAUUCAUUCACCAGCUCUGCGAAACAUAACAGUUUGUAUAAAAGGAACACAAACUGCCCACAUAUUUUUUUAACUUGCUUGAAAAUUUUAUCUUCUGUAAGGAUACAAAUCCCUCUAAGAUAAAAAAGAAAAAAAGAAAAGAAGAAUGAAAGAGGCGGACACGACACGACUUUGCGAGGAUGUCAAACUCUUGAUAGAGUAAAAGCGAGAAAGGGAGAGAGAGAGAGAGAAAAAGGUGAAGGGAGGUGAUCUACUUCUUCGGCUUUUAGGUAUCUUUGCUAAAUCAACCCCGCGUUUUAAGGCUGGUUAACAAACUUGUGUUCGACUGACACCGACUACGCUACUACCACUUGUGACCGCUUACAACGAGGGUAGACACUGGCACAAUCCACCCGGCAGCCCUGGAACCCUUUCGAUCUCGGUUUGACUAGCCUGAAAAUUUCGCAGUAUUUGCGAGACAAAUUAUACUCUUCGUUCCUAGAAAAUGGUCUUUCAUAGAAUUGUCAGAAUGCUUUCAAGCUCACGGUGAAAAACGAUGCGUACAAUAUCCGCAGACAGUAAGUUUCCCGGGGCUGCCCGAUAGCUAUAGCGCCAGUGUGGUAUGUCGUCGUGAGCCGUCACAAGGGAUCGUAGCGCACAUGAUGACAGUCAAACGCAAAUAUGUGAACCGGUCUUUGCAUUCUAGUCUCACGACGGAUGAGCUGUUUUGUGACACUCCGGCAACUUAUUACUGCGAAUGUUUGGCACGCUUCGGCCCCGCAAACUGCAGCCACUCUCGGCACCCUGGAAUUGCACGUGCAAUAAACCGUACAGGGGUGAUUUCCGUACCAAACUUGCUCGUUAAAACGUUUGACUUUUUGGUGCCUCUAGUUUUGUCGACAUGUUGCUGCCGUGUUCUGGCUUCGCUUCGUUUUGAAAGCGAUGACUUUAUGUGGAAACCCUCUACCGACCCUUUGUUGCCUGUGCUGGUCUGCUAUGUGACGUCGUCGUGGUGCCCCGUGACUUCGUAGUGUUACGUGACGUCACAUUGUAACGUGACACUACCGUGACACGUGGAGUCUUUGUUACACUGACACCACGUGGCAUUAUGAUGUCAUCGUGAAGCGACGUCUCACUUUUUCUGUUAAAUUUAGGGGAGAAAUGUAUGCGCUAAAAUAUGAUAGAAAGUGCUGCUCGGUUAAAAGCAAAACAACAAGUGCUAUCGCUCCUUCGUCGCAUUUGAUGCAUAUCUAAACAAAGUUAUUUUUUAAAGAUGCGAUGGUUGUGAAAGUUCUUACCCUAAUGCUUAUUUUUACGUUGACGCGUCAUUUUCUUUUUCUGUUUUCUAGAAAGGGGAAGGGCGUGUCCUAUUAUUGGAAUAAAAAUAUCCUUCGCUUCGCGAUGUUUUUGGCAGAGUGAGCCUGUUGUCUAUCGAAUUUUAGUUCUCGGUGUAAACAGUGAACGCGUGACAUGCACUGAUGUAAAUGAUGUCGCAAACGUAUUAAACCGGAUAUAUCUUCGAAAUUU